UGCUGCUGACGCACAGCCCCAGACAUGCUAUUUCCUGCCACAGGGAACUCUGCCUCCAUGGCUGCCAAGAUCCCAGCUGAGAAAUUUGGGAAAUGUCAGUGUGAGACACACCAUUCUAAAAGCAUCCUGUACCAGAUCCUUAGCAAAGAGCAUGGAAGUGAGACCAAGUGGCACCAGCAGCAUUGCAGUCCCCACCGCUCUGCAAGAAGUAAAGGCUGCCCUUGUUUGGACAGGAGAAGAGCUGUCCUGAGAACACCAGAAGCCACAUGCAGAAGAGCUUCUGAAGUGCUGUUGAAGACUUCAACUUUUAUUAGAAACUUACCUUCUUUUUAUCACAUGCCUUGGGAGGAUCAGCUUGUCCUCAUACAACAGAACUGGGCCCCUCUUUUUGUCCUGGGCAUGGCACAAGAAGGAGUGGAUUUUGACCUGAGAGAGAUUCCAGCCACCAGUUUAUUGAAAAAAAUCCUCCUCAACCAGUCUUCAACAGCUAUGAAUGAACUGGGCAGCUCAUCAGCAGGAGCAUCUUUCACAGAAGUUCAGAAGAUGAAGAAUUUAUUGUGGAAAUUCUGGGACCUGGACAUAAGUGCAAAAGAAUAUGCCUAUCUUAAAGGAAUUAUUCUUUUUAAUUCUGGGCAAACUCAGAAGAUGAAUCUCUUCCAAUCCAUAACAAGUGCCUUGGACAAUGCUUUAGCCAAAGAUCCAACUGCAGUUAUAUUUGGUGAAGACGUGGCCUUUGGUGGUGUCUUCAGAUGUACAGUUGGCUUGCGAGACAAGUAUGGUAAAGACAGAGUUUUCAACACCCCAUUAUGUGAACAAGGAAUUGUUGGCUUUGGUAUUGGAAUUGCUGUUACAGGUGCUACAGCCAUUGCAGAAAUUCAAUUUGCAGAUUACAUUUUUCCAGCAUUUGAUCAGAUUGUUAAUGAAGCAGCAAAAUAUCGUUAUCGCUCUGGAGAUCUGUUCAAUUGUGGAAGCCUCACCAUUAGAGCGCCAUGGGGCUGUGUGGGUCAUGGUGCACUAUAUCACUCUCAAAGUCCAGAAGCCUUUUUUGCUCACUGUCCAGGAAUAAAGGUUGUUAUUCCAAGGAGUCCUCUGCAGGCCAAAGGAUUGCUGCUGUCAUGCAUAGAGGACAAAAAUCCAUGCAUAUUCUUUGAACCUAAAAUACUUUACAGAGCUGCAGUGGAACAAGUUCCUGUAGAGCCCUACAACAUUCCACUGUCUCAAGCUGAGGUGCUGCAGACAGGCAGUGAUGUGACAAUGGUUGCUUGGGGCACUCAGGUACAUGUGAUCAAAGAGGUGGCAGCAAUGGCUCAAGAAAAGCUUGGUGUGUCCUGUGAAGUUAUUGAUCUGAGAACCAUCUUACCAUGGGAUACAGAGACUGUUUGUAAGUCGGUGGCAAAGACUGGGCGAUUGCUGAUUAGCCAUGAGGCUCCCUUGACAGGAGGAUUUGCAUCUGAAAUCAGUUCCACAGUUCAGGAGGAAUGCUUUUUGAAUUUAGAAGCUCCUAUUGCAAGAGUAUGUGGCUAUGACACUCCCUUCCCUCACAUCUUUGAGCCUUUCUACAUCCCAGACAAAUGGAAAUGUUAUGAUGCUCUUAGAAGAAUGAUUAACUACUGAGCAGUAGUGCAGAGAGGAGAAGAACAACAGGGAAAUACAGAAGCUACCUUCAAAACUCUUGACAUUUUAAUCGGAUCUUUUCGGUUUGGAAUUUACAUAGCCGAUUUUCUUUUAACUCAGCUAUCCUGAAUGUUCAUCUUGGCUAUUCUUCAGCAAGUUCAAAUUUUCCUUAAUUAUGAAAUCAGUGAUGGGCAGCUGAUUGUUACAGUAAGUAAUUUCAGAUGUAUUCAAAGGUAUUCCAGAUGUUGAAUGAAAAUUGCACAUUGCCGUGCUUCACUCGGUUACAUCUAGACUUCACUGUGUAAAUAUUAGAAGCAGAAUUUUAUUCAAUAAAACAUGUUAUGCUCA